GACAUGAUACUUUGGAUCUUCCAAUUAUUCGGAAUCCAUUGCAAUGGCCGCUAAGCAUGGCAUCUGGAGCUCUACCAAUUUCAUAGAUGUCGGCUUCCUUCGUUCCUCAUCUUCUUCUUGCUCGACCCGUAGCUGUACCGUCAGCGUCGUGCGCAGAUCUUCUUCUUCCUCCUCUUCGUCCACGGAAAUCGGGAUAUCGCAGGCUCAGCUCCGAAUGGUUGAGGCGUUCGAUCCAAAGAUUCCUCUUGUUGAAGCUAGCACCCCUCCCAGCUCGUGGUACACGGACUCUUCCUUUCUUGACCUCGAGUUUGAGCGCGUCUUUUUCCGUGGAUGGCAGGCUGUUGGCUAUACUGAGCAAAUCGAGCGUCCUCAUGAUUUCUUCACUGGAAGGUUAGGGAAUGUUGAGUUUGUCAUCUGCCGAGAUGCUGAUGGGGAUCUUCAUGCCUUCCACAAUGUGUGCCGCCACCAUGCCUCAAUACUUGCCACCGGAAGUGGGAAGAAGUCAUGCUUUAUAUGCCCUUACCAUGGUUGGACAUAUGCUUUAGAUGGCUCACUCUUGAAGGCCACUAGAAUCACAGGAAUUAAGAACUUCAACAAGGAUGAAUUCAGACUUGUACCUUUGGAAGUGACUACUUGGGGACCAUUUGUUCUUGUUAGAUUGGAUGGGAAUCCCUCAUCUCAACAGAGAGGUUCUAUGAAAACGGUAGGAAAUGAAUGGCUUGGGAGUUCUUCCAAUAUCCUCAGCACAAAUGGAGUUGAUUCUUCACUGAAACAUGUCUGUAGACGUGAAUAUAGUCUCCAGUGCAAUUGGAAGGUUUUCUGUGACAACUACUUGGAUGGGGGUUAUCAUGUUCCUUAUGCUCAUGGAGGUCUUGCAUCCGGACUUAAUCUUGAUUCUUACUCUACGCUUAUGUAUGAGAAAGUUAGUAUUCAAAGAUGUGAAGGUGCUUCAGCUGAACAGAACUUUGAUCGGCUUGGUUCAAAGGCAUUGUAUGCUUUUGUAUACCCUAACUUCAUGAUAAACAGGUAUGGUCCAUGGAUGGACACUAAUUUAGUUGUUCCAUUGACCACAACCAAAUGUCAAGUUGUGUUUGAUUAUUUUCUGGACACCUCUCUUGUGGAUGACAAGGCCUUCAUUGAAAGAAGUUUAGAAGAGAGUGAGAGAGUGCAGUUAGAAGACAUUGCACUAUGCGAAGGAGUUCAGCGCGGUUUGGAAUCACCAGCCUACUGCAGUGGAAGAUAUGCACCAGCAGUGGAGAUGGCCAUGCAUCACUUCCACUGCCUUCUGCACAAGUUCCUCACCAACGUCUAAUAUCCUCAUUUGGGUUCUAUUAAUAAAACAAUCUGGACAGAGAAGCAACGAACGUCUUUGUAAGUCAUUCAGGUGGUGAAUGAAUAUUUACUUCAGCUUGUUUUCUUGCUUUACUUCUAGAUCAAACUAAAUGCACA